AUGGCUCUUCGUUUAUCUAUUUGUAUGUUAACUGGAGUAUUUUCUCGUGUUUUUGCCGGAAUUAACAUGCAAUAUAUCUUAUAUUCGAGUCUGAGUGGGUACACGUGUCCUGAUAACCGAACAUUAUUUGACAGAAUGGGUGUACGAAGUGAGAUUAUUUGUGCCGCUAAAUGCACGGAGACUCGAACCUGCUUCGGUGUGUUCCAUAGACGCCAGGACAUGCGCUGUAUUGGAUGUGAAGACAAAUUUCUCAGAAGUGAAACCACACCAUUGUUGAACGGUACACGAUACUACAGGCGUAAAACCUACAAACUGAUAGAUAAGAAACUAACUUGGAGCAAGUCGAAGGUUGUAAAUCGUUAA